AUGAGUUCUCCGGUGAUAAAUCAAGACAUGGUCCAAGAAGUUCUUUCUUAUCUACAGGCGUCUGUAAUCAGAAAAUUCAGGGUCAUGAAUAAAGAGUGCAACAAGAGAAGCUACGAGUCAUGGUUUCUCGAUCUUAAUCUCCACAGAACAAAUUCUGUUUCCGGAUACUUCCUACAACGCUACAAAGAAGGAGGCGAUAAACUUCGAACUAGUUUUAUCCAAGAGAGGAGCGAUGUACGAAACAACGGAGUCUCUAUCGAUUUCCUGCCACAGGGAAAGGUGAAUAUAGAAGCUUGUGAUGCAAGUAAUGGGAUAUUGCUUUGUGUUAAUGACACAGGACUAAUACCGGAAUACAUAGUCUGCAAACCAACCACAAAACAGUAUCAGAUCAUACCGAACCCAAAAGUGCCGGGUCGUGACAAGUCAUUGGGUAUAACGGUAGUCGGGUUGGACCCUUUCCGGUAUAAAAUAUGUAGGCUUUCGAAGUCGCCCGGUAUGAACCGGAACCUCAGAACCUUCGCGUGCGAAGUUUUCGAUUCCGACUUGUUCACGUGGAAGAGACUAAAAAACUUGCGUCUACCAAGAACAGACGGUCUCAUUCUUUCAAAACCGGUACAAGCUUCUGGCUUCUUGCACUGGAGAUCCCGGAACAACAAUGUGAUCCGGUUCUGUCUUAAAACCGAAGCUUGGUCUUUCUUACAUACUCCAAACUUUGGUGUAUUCCCAAAACUGGUCAGAUACGAAGGGAAGCUAGGUGUUAUUCGUGAGUGGACAAACAAAGAUCAAGAAGAUGUUCACGGGUUAUGGGUUUUGAAGAGCAGUUUUGGAAAGAAAUGGGAAAAAGUGAAAGAUAUUAAAAGCAUUUGGGGGAAGGAUGACAUUCUCUGGACACCAAGCAACGACGCCGUAACACUUUGUAGCUGGGAACGUGUUUGCUUCUACAACAUAAACACUGAGAAGUUGGAUAUUCUUCAUGCAAUCAAGGAAUUUGCCAGUUACGGUUGUUUCCCGUUUUGUUCUGAUUACGAGAGAGUUGAUCUGGAAGAAGGAAGAAACUUGAAGGGUGUGAUUGUGAAAGCAGCCAAAUUUGUUUAG